AUGUCGAAUGAUGACAACGCAAGUGUGUUUCUAAAGGAUGAAACUUGGCCGGAACUGAGGUUGUCCGAGCUGCUGAGCAACGACCCUCUGGCAGGCCUUCAUGCAACCAUCAAGAGCGACUGGGAUUUCCUGAGGCGGUCAGCGUGCCAGACAGCGGCUGGGCGGGCAUUGUGGAAGCAGGUGAUCCAUGACCCGCUGGCUGAGCUGUUUGCUGGCGAGACGUUCCUGAGAAACAUAUAUGAGAAGAUCAAGAAAGACCGGCUUAACAAUGCCAGGGAGAUUUCUGGGGUUAUUCUUGCUGUUAGGACGCUUUGGUUCGAUUCAAAGCUUGAGGCGGCUUUGAGCUCACAUGAUGGGGGAGGAGCACAGGUUGUUCUGCUAGGUGCAGGUAUGGAUGCAAGAUCACAUCGCCUAAGCUGUUUGAAAGAAAGCAGCGUUUUUGAAGUUGAUUUUCCUGAGGUUUUACAUGCAAAAGCCACAAUUCUGGAGGCAGCAGCAUCUUCAAGAGACAAGCAUCAUCAUCCAAUCGUUACAGCAAAGUCAUUGACUAGAGUGGCAGCUGACCUAACGGAAGAUGACUGGCUUGAAAAGCUCGAAACAUCAGGAUUUGAGCCAAACAAGAGUACAGUCUGGAUCUUGGAGGGAAUCCUGUACUAUCUCUCGCAAACCAAUGCCAUGAAAGUACUUAAAAUCAUUGCAGAAAAAUGCAAUCAUACCAAAACUGUGCUGUUAGCCGACUUCAUGAAUAAACAGGCAACGGCAUUAUCCAGCUCCACCUUCCUUUUCUAUUGUGACUGGCCUGAUGAACUACUUCCAUCUCUAGGUUUUGCUGAUGUUACGCUCUCACAGAUUGGCGAUCCAGAUGCCCAUUUCGGAUUAUUGCAGGAUCCACUGAAUCUGUUCAACAAGCUACGCAGCUUGCCCAGAUCAAUUCAAACUCACCCAGAUGAUGGCACACCCUGUGGUCGCUUGUAUUUGUUACAAGCUUCUGGUUCGCCCAAUCACAUGAGCUCAUGAGUUCCUGUUGUAAUAAGCUAUACAUAUCAGAGUUUCACUUUAUAGUAUAUGAAUAGGCACUAUUUCUUGCUAGUAUUAUUACAGGCUUAGUCAGUGAUGAAAUUGCAGUUCUAGCUCUGUCAGAAGAUCUGGUAUUAGCAAUUUAGCAUUAUAAUCAGGAACUCCUUGUUCCCAAUGAGGUUCUUGGCCUCACAUUCGCUAGCAUGUGAUAACGUUUUAAUACAUCAACAGUUAUGUAGAGUAUUUAAAGCCAAAAGCAUCAUUUCCUAGUAUUGAUAACCAAACACUGUUCUUCA